AGCAUGUGAGGCUUAGAAAGAUGCGAGUAAACCAGUAUUCCGGAAUGGAAUUUCAUCAGUUUUGAUAUUCAGAAUAAAAUAUAGGCAACCUAAAACUGUUGUUAAAUACCACCGUUAAUGUUGCUAUGCAUGUUUGUCAGUCAGCUUGCCUGAUACAACUUUACUAACGUUGACUGCAAUGGCAGAAUUCACGUGUUUUUCAUAAGAAAAUCCUCCUGUCCAGUUUAAAACCAAAAUGAAGAGAAAAGCACAAGGCAAGUGGAAAGGAAAAGGGGACACCGGGAAAUUACAGAAGUAUAUGAUCUCAGUGGACGAAUUUGUCCAAAGUAAAAUAGGUUCUGCUGAAGAUGGAGAGAAUCGUGGACACACGAUUAUCAGAAAGAAAAGCCGAAAAGAGCUGCGCAAAGAAAAACGAAAGCUGAAGAAGCUUAAAAUGAAAAAUUACUAUGAAGGGAACAAACACCUCAAUCAGACUAUUACCGCAAAUUCCGAGGGGAGUGGAAGUGAGAAGGUAACCACCGGUAAAAGUGGCCAAGCCACAGUGGUGAAAGACCAUUCGAAAAAAGGUCCGGAAGCAAAACCUAAGAAAAAUGGAAACAUAAAUGCAAAGGCAGAAGGUGUACAAAAUAAUAAACCACGAAACCAAUCGAAAGAAACUGUGUCGAAGAAAGGGACCAAAAAGAAGAGCAGAUUGCAAGAAACUAGGAAACAGGCGCUGUUGGAAGCAAACGCUGCGGAGGACAAGGAAAUCAAGAAACUGGAAAGAUAUCUUGGCCUUAACAAGAGGAAAAACAAAAAGACACUUCCUCAGUCAUUUGCUGCCGACGGACUGGACUACAUUUUGGGAGUUCUUGAGCCUGGAGCAUCCGGUUCAGGGAUGUUUGAGAGUGACGAGGAAAUGGAAGUGGCCGAUGCUCAGGAGAAAUUAAAGAAGCUGGAGGAUAGCGAGUCUGAAUUAUCUGACGACGGGGAAGAGCAGGAUGACAGCGCUAGUGACGGCGGUGACAACAUUGACAGCGACAAAGUUGUGGAUGAAAUGGAUGUUAUUACAGAGGAGGAGGAGGAGGAAGAUGAAGAAGCAGAGGAGGAGGAAGAUGAAGAAGCAGAGGAUGACAGUGACGGAGGGUCUGAAUGCGAGACUGAAGAUCAGGAGGAGGAGGAGGAGGAAGAAAUUACCAAUAUGGAAGAGACGAGGGAAGUGGAUGGACAAGAUGAUUCUGCAACUCAAAAGAGCACCAGCGCACCCGGGAAGUACGUGCCCCCUCACCUGAGAGAGGCGGUGGAUGGCAAGCGAAAAGUUGAACUGGAGAGACUCAAGAGGAAUGUGAAAGGGCUGGUCAACAGGCUUAGCGAGCCCAACCUGGCCUCCAUCAGCAGCCAGCUGGAGGAGCUGUACAUGAGUCACAGUAGAAAGGACAUGAAUGACACACUGACGGAGGUGCUUUUGGCGGCUUGCGUGACUCCAGCUCUGAUGCCCGACAGGCUUCUCAUGGAGCACGUCCUGCUGGUCAGCGUUCUUCAACACACCGUGGGGCUGGAGGUAGGUGCUCAGUUUUUGGAAACAGUGGUUCGGAGGUUUGAAGAGGUGUACAGGUCUUCCAGUGAAGGGAAAGAGUGCGACAACCUGGUUGCCAUCGUGGCUCACCUGUACAACUUCCACGUGGUACACGCCCUGUUGAUUUUUGACAUUCUGAAGAAGCUCACCGCGUCCUUCACAGAGAGGGACAUUGAGCUCAUUCUGUUUGUGCUGAAAAACGUGGGCUUCGCUCUGCGGAAGGACGAUGCCACGUCACUGAAAGAGCUCAUCUCCGAGGCCCAGCGCAAGGCGAACAGCCUGGGGGCAAAGUUCCAGGACCAAUCCAGGGUACGCUUCAUGUUGGAGACCAUGCUGGCUCUGAAGAAUAAUGACAUGAGGAAGAUCCCGGGUUACGAUCCUGAGCCUGUGGAGAGACUGCGUAAGCUGCAGAGGACUUUGGUCCACAACAGCUCAGGUGGCAGUGAUACAAAGCUGCGUGUGACGCUGGAGAACCUGCUGGCAGCCGAGCAGGUGGGCCGCUGGUGGAUCGUGGGAUCGUCCUGGAGCGGAGCCCCCAUGAUUGGUGACUCUGGAAACAAGCAGCAGCAGAGUACCUCUGGAGGACAGUUCAGUGCCACGGUCUUGGAUCUGGCCCGGAAGCAGAGGAUGAAUACUGAUAUCAGACGAAAUAUUUUCUGUGUUCUCAUGACCAGUGAGGAUUACCUGGAUGCCUUUGAGAAACUUUUGAGGCUUGGCUUGAAAGACCAGCAGGAGCGAGAGAUUGUCCAUGUGCUGAUGGACUGCUGCCUGCAGGAGAAAACCUUCAAUGCCUUUUACGCGGUCCUGGGGGAGAAGUUCUGCUCCUAUGACAGGCGCUUUCAGAUGACCUUUCAAUUCAGUCUAUGGGACAAGUUCAAGGACCUUUCGAGCCUCUCCGGCAGUAGCUUCAGUAACCUCGUCCAGCUGGUAGUGCGCCUUGUCCAGAAGAAGUCCCUCUCCCUCUCCAUCCUGAAGGCUAUAGAGUUUGGCGAGCUGGACAAACCGAAAGUUCGAUUCUUGCGGCAAGUGUUGAGUAAACUUCUGACUGAUACUGAUCCUGAAGAGCUUGCAAAUAUAUUUGGAAGGAUUUCUGGAAUCCCGAAGCUCGGAAUGCUGCGAGAGGGCUUGAAGCUGUUCAUCAGUCACUUCCUGCUGAAGAAUGUGCAGUCACAAGGAACAGCUGAACAAGCACGACUGCUGUCCGAGCGAGCGGAGGUCGCCGCAAAGGCCAUGGAGGCCAAGGAUGCCAAACUCAAACUGUAGCGCGCACAACAGAGAGGCAAAAAAGGCCUGAAACCUUCGGCAGCACAAGACAUGAUCUGAAAUUUCUUUAUCGGACACAUUUGGGUUGAAUCCGCUUGCCGCCCCCUUUUGGGCUUUUGUUUGGUUUGCGUUCCCUCUGAAAUGCAGACAGGGACUCAAAAAACCGGAGUUUUCACAGGGAGGAACCACCCGAUUGAUAUUUUUAGCCCCUGAAGAACUCCUCAGAGAGGACUGGAUGUGUGUUAGUAAGGGACUGUCACGGAAAUUAAUAAAGACUAUUAGCAAAAACAUACAGUAACUCCUGCCAGACCUGGGUCUGAAAACAAAUCCGUGCCGCAACAGUAUUUUUUGUUUCAUAUAAGUUUCCCAGCAACUGAUUUGAAUAGGUUCCAUUUCCAGGAGUGAGUACUUAAAAAACACUGGUAGUAUAUGCAUCAUUGAAAGGUAGUUGGUAUCUUAGGCAAAUUCACUGAACAUGAAAAAGGUAUGAAUUACCUUCUGCAUGACUUAGACACAUUCAGGCAUCAAAGGACAACCUUCUAUGAAAAGGUGUGAAGUGAUUGUCAUCAAGGUUGUAUAUAUACAGAUGAUGAUCACAUUUUAAUUUUAUACGUAAAUCAUAGAACUCAUGCGUGUGGGCUGUAAGACUGUCGUUAUUUUUUGACAGUACAGCACACAGAGACCAGUAUGUGGAAUACCUUGGUCAGCUGCAGGGUUAUGUAGGUGUGAAGGUUUUACUCUGUUCAUCACUCUCUGACAAUGUCUUCUCAGUCAAGCCAAGCGGUUUGUGAUCACAUUAAAAGAAAGCUGUGAAAUUGCAGUAUUUUGUCUUUUUCGUUUUAAUUGAAAUGUGUGAUGGUGAACAGAAUUCUCUUGAGCUAGUGAGCGUAGUCACCUGCAGCAGAAUUGACAUAGGAUGUGUCACGUAGAUCUACGUUAUCCACAUCAACCCAGUGAUUUCCAUAGAUUAAGAGAUCCCCCCUGGUGGUCUCUCAAGUGUUACCACUAACAUGGCAGAUUAGAGUCACAGUCUAAAGCAAACAGCCUCUUCCACUCUCGGCCCCAUUGUGCACAGUAUCAAAUAGUUCCUGUUUGUUUUCUUUCAUUCACUUCCUUGGUAUUUACAAAGGGGAGGGAAAGUGUGUGUUUGGUGAGUAAUAUUCCCUUUCAUGCUAUUUAAGGGAAUUGAGUGAAGUACAAAUGAGAAGGAAUUGGUAUGAGGUGGCAUGUCAGUGAAUGAAGACUGUAAAUUAGUGUUCAUUUCCCCUUUAAAGGGAUACUGACGUCAGGUCUUCAAUAAGCCUUUAGGAGGCGCAGUUGAGAAAGGUCCUAAUCCUA